AUGCUUGCGUUGGUGGCAGUCGUUUUACUCAUUGCGACAGCCUGUCCAUUGCUCUCUGCAUUCUACGUACCAGGAGUCACCCCCAAGGCGUACCAUGCCAACGACCGUGUUCCUUUGCUGGUCAACAAGAUAGUCUCUGAAAAUACCCAACUUCCCUUUGCUUAUGGCGAUUUACCUUUUGUCUGCACUCCCAAAGAUGGUGUCAAGCGUACAUGGUUGAAUCUUGGCGAGGUGUUGAGAGGCGAUAGACUGAUGAGCAGCGAUUACGAGCUUAUCGUGGGUCGCAACACACAAUGUGAACAGCUAUGUACGGUGACCGUUUCAGAGCAUGAUGCCGAUGAAGCCAAACGUCUUGUACAAGAGGAAUAUCGAGUAGAAUGGAUUGUCGAUAAUUUACCUGGUGCGACAGUGCUAAAGUACAAUGCGUCUUCAGAAACAUCCACAGCGUUACUCCCUUAUUUUCCACUUGGACAAGUCAAGGGGGAUCAAGUUUUUCUCAACAACCACGUGACAUUGCAAUUAUUGUAUCAAUCCAGUCAAGGUGAUCAAAGAUACAUUGUGGGAUUUGAAGUAUAUCCAGCCUCUUAUGCCGACCCAUCCUCGUGCGACAAGACUGCAGCAGCACCCAUGAAACAAAUUGGUACCAGCAAAACGUCUAUCACUUACACCUAUUCAGUCAUUUGGAAAGAGGCAACCGAUAUUACGUGGGCCACACGAUGGGAUCGCUACCUUCAAAUCUUUGAGUCACACAUCCAUUGGUAUUCAAUAAGCAAUUCGCUCGUCAUCACCAUGUUCUUGACCGGCAUUGUCGCCAUGAUUAUGCUUCGUACACUGAGGCGCGAUAUUUCAUCCUACAAUUCUUCCACCGAUGAGGAUGUCGAGGCUUUGGAUGAGGAUUCAAUUGGAUGGAAGUUAUGCCAUGGUGAUGUCUUCCGGCCUCCAAAGUUCACAUUGCUGCUCGCUCCAUUAUUAGGUUCAGGCGUCCAAUGCCUCGUUAUGGUGGCAGGCACGAUCGUUCUUUCCACGUUUGGCUUACUCAAUCCAUCGUUUAGAGGAGGCCUGGUUUCUUAUGGUAUUGCAUUCUAUGUUUUGGCAGGAUCGGUUGCUGGCUUUGCGAGUGCUCGUAUGUAUAAGGUGCUCAAAGGACAACAGUGGUUUAGGAAUGCAUUGAUGACCGCAACGCUCAUCCCAUCGAUUCUCUUUGUGGUGCUCUUUAUUCUCAACCUCUUUGUAUGGGGCCAACAAUCAUCCUCUGCCAUCCCAUUCGGUACAUUUUUCGCUCUCAUUGCCAUGUGGUUUGGUGUUUCUACACCUUUGGUGUUUGCCGGAGCCGUUUUUGGAGCCCGUCGACCGAUUAUUGACCACCCUGUACGAACACACCAGAUCCCACGUCAAAUUCCUGAUCAGCCUUGGUACUUGGAAUUGCAUAUCAGCAUGCUGGUUGGCGGACUGAUGCCUUUUGCCGUCAUCUUUAUCGAGCUCUUUUUCAUCUUCAAGUCCAUUUGGAGCGAUCAGUACUAUUACAUGUUUGGCUUUUUGACGCUCGUGUUCCUCAUUUUGGUGUUGACAACAGUGGAAAUUGCCAUUGUCAUUACGUAUUUCAGUUUAUGCAGCGAGGACUAUCGAUGGUGGUGGAAAUCGUUUGCAGUGUCUGCAGCUUCGGGUGUUUAUGUAUUCUUAUAUUCAAUAUUUUACUACUUUACCCGUCUCAAGGUGACAGGGUUUGUGCCGGCUAUUGUAUACUUUGGACACAGCCUCAUGAUAUGCAUGGUGUAUGGGCUUUGCAUGGGCACAAUUGGAUUCUUCGCCACAUUUUUCUUUAUCCGAAAGAUUUAUGCUGCCAUCAAGGUGGAUUAG